AUGGCGGUGGAACCCCAGAAGGCGACCUGGGAGGUGCCACCGCGGGCGAACACGCGGAUGGCGCCGGCAAAGCUGCCGGAGUUCGACGCCCAGGGGCUGGUUGACAGGCCAGGGCGCCGAAACCCCAGGACUAUCCAGAUUCCCGGGGUGGACGAGGCGGCCGGCGAGGAGGUUGCGAGCUAUCCGGCGCAGACCGAUGGCCCGGGCACCACAGGCGGCGAGCCGCAGGCCAGCGGUGGGGCUGCUGCGGGCAGUAGCUGCCAGGCCGAAGGAGGCGCCGCCGACAGCGGGGCGGCGAUAGCGCCGGGGGACAGAGGGAAGCGCCCCCAAACUUUCGUUCCUGCACCGGCGUCCCCGUCGUCGCCGUCGCCUGGCAAGGAGGGAGGCUGGGGCAGUCAGUCGUCCAGCACGGGGCCGUCGGCGGGGGCGAGAGGGAGCGGCUUGUCGCAGGCUGGCGCCUUUUUUGAGGCCCGCGUCGCCGCGGUGCGCGCUGCCAACGAGAGCGAGCGGCGCGCUCUGGAGGAGGAGCAAAAGGCCCUAGAGGGCACGGAGGAGGCGGUCCUGGCCCGUGAGAGGACGGCGGAGGCCUUCCAGGCUGAAUUGGCCCGCCAGAAAGUCGAGGCUGACCAGAUCCGCGCCGAACUCCAGCACCGGGAGGAGGAGCUCCAUAGCCGGGAGGAGGACAUCGCGAUCAGGGAGACCGACGUCAGCAUCACGAUAGCGGAUCUAGAGGCCCGGGAGGAACUGCUGAUCCUCCGGGAGACGGAGGCUGCUGAGGCGGUGCUGGCCUCAACCGCUCUGGAGGAGCGGGCUGCCAAGUGGGAGUCCGAUCUGACCACCCGUGAGCAGGCCCUCUCCGCCCUUGCAGAGCGGGUGAAGCAGGCUGAAGCCUAG